AUGGAGGUCGUGGAUGAGGCGCGGAGCUUCGUGCAGGCAAAGAUGCAGAGCCGCGUGGCGCUGCUCCGGGCGAAGACGCGGAGGUUGCAGCAGAUCAACGACGCGCCUGUACCGCCGGAGGCUGAGAUGGCUCCAGAAGUGUUGCUUCCUCGGCGUGAGCUGCAGCUUUGCCCUGUGAGAGAAGGAAGGGCAUCAAGAAGAAGAGCUCCACGUCCAGUGUUGGCCUUCUCUUUUCGCCACCCACCGCCUGCACCUGUGGUGCUGGACGCCGAUGGCGCUGUCCGGCGUGGACUGAGUGCCCGGCGUGGGGACGUGGGGCAUGUGGAACCAUGGAGGAGGAGUUGCGGUUUGCAGAGCUGCAACGCCUGGGCGCCAUGGCCACCGUAUGUCGGAUGCGAAGGGAAGGCCUAUCACUUCCUCCGUGCCGGUUUUUUUCUGGAUGAUUCUGACGAGGAGGCGGAGCCUGGCAGGCCCAAGUUGGUCUCGCGCGAAUCGACCUGGGAGAGUAUGGGCUACAGCGGUCUUCUGGGGAAUGAGUCGAGGCAAGCUUCCAAGUCCGAGCGUGGCAGCAUUGAGGAUCACGCGGAGGGUGUGGCCAGGUUAGCCUUUUCCUCGAUGCGGAACCACCAGGAGGAGGAGAGCAGCUUUGGAUCAAAGGACCCGCCCUUGUGCCACCUGGAGGAGGAACCGCAUGUCGCCCGUCGUAUCUCCUCGGAUGAGCAUACCAAGUGGAGGUCGAGCUUCAACCGAUUUCGACAUGAUGGAGAGAUCCACCGGGACGAUUUGGACAAAGCUUUGGCGCAUUGUGGCUUUGAUGAUCGCCGGGGCACGUUGAUCAUGGAAGCGUUGGAGUCGGUCACGCUUUAUGCCGCCCUGAGCCGAGACGAGUUCAUGCAGUUCGUUUGCCUCUACGAGUCUCGGCUGCACGAGCUCUACCGGGCGGAGUUCCUGAAGUAUGAGCGUGGACCAGGAACGAUGUCUGUCGAAAGCCUUCCUCUCUUGCUUUCAGAGCUGGGUCUGGAGCCACGUCGAGUGGUCAUUGAGGAGCUGCUGCAGGAAGUGUGUGGAGCCAAGCCCGGCUCUCUGGAGUUUCGAGAUGUGGCGGCCGUGAUGGAACUCCUGCGUGCGCGGGAAGGUUUCCUGGUGGAGGAACUGGAGCGCUUUCGGGCCGUGUUCCAAGACUUCGAUUCCGACGCCUCCGGGGACAUGUCCGCCGCGGAGCUGGGAAGUGCGUUAUCCUGGCUUGGCUUCCCCUAUACCAAUGAGAAGGUGCAGAGCCUCUACAAGCAAAGCGACAUGAACGGGAAUGGCGUCCUGAGCGAGUCGGAGUUUGUCAUUUGCCUUCGGCAUAUCCAAGAUGCCGAGCUCAGCACCAUCCGACAGGUGCUGCGCCGGUCCCCGAGCGACGGCCACAUUUCCUCGGUGCGGGAGCUUGAGGUGCUCCUGAUGACACUGGGUUACCAAGCUUCUGCUCCAGCCUUGGCCGACGCCAUGCAGGAAGCGAAGCUUUGCCCUCCGAAGAUGGAUCCCGAACAACUCCAGGAUUUGGCGAUACACAUGGACAUGGAUGCGGUUUGCUUGCUGCUCCAUUGCCUGCGCAAUCGCGAAGGCUUCACCGAUGCGCAAAUGAACGAUUUGAGACGAGCCUUCCAGAAGAACAAGCAGGAGGAGACCGACAGGAUUUCCACCUCCAACCUCCACAAGGUUCUUCGCUGGCUUGGCCACUGCUAUUCGUUCGACCGAGCUCAGCAAUUGAUUUAUGAGGCUGAUGCUCAAGGUGAUGAAUUGGAUUUCACCACGUUCGUCAAGCUGGUGCGACGCUGCCGGAACUUCGACCGCCAGGCCGCCGUGGCGGCCUUCCACGAGGCCGAUGAGAGGCGCGCGUUGGGCCUUCCCGCCCUCCAAGAGGGCGACGAAGAUCCACGGAAGGGCUUCGUGAAGGGGAUGAUCCAGGUGGGCCCUGCCGCCAAUGAAUCAGAUAUCAGCCACUACUACAUCUUCUGGGCCUCCAACAAGCGCCUGCUGAACUUGAUCAUUUGCUUGCCAAAGGGCAUCUACGAGCACCACUUGGGCGAGGGUCAGGAGGGUGUGCCAAUCCCUCCUGGUGCCAACCAGCUGGUGGUGAAGACGUCCAAUGCUGCAGGCAUGAUGGAGGCGGGCGUCUCCACCUCCGUCUUUGACUUCUGGCGACCGCCCAUGCAUCAGCUUCUGAAGGGCCUUUUCAAGGGCUAGGGUUAGGGCCAGCCAUUCCUGGUUUUGCUUAGGGUGAUUUGUGUGUUUACUAUGGAACUCCCUUCGGGGGAUGAUGUUUUAUAAUCUUUUCUCCCGGUUCCUGAGGCAAAUCCAGCUCUAGCAGGCGAAAGCGCAAGAGCAGAUCACCUCAUAGAGAUGGCGCAUGACAUGAGCACAAGAAUCACAGAGAGGUGGUGAACAUACCCCGCGAAGCGGCGAAGCUUCUGC